AUGAGCCACGCCUCUAGACAUCGGACUCGAUUUGCUUUGCCUCAUGACGAGAACGCUUCGGUGCGCGCGGAGACCUACGCUGGAAAAACACCACUGCUCAAACGUUCUUCUUAUCACAAAGACACCAGAAAAAAGCCAGACUUUGAGCUUCAGGCACUGCAUCCAAAUGCGAGCGUGGUAAGGUCAGCCAUAGAUUCCGACUUGCAAAGCUUAGUGGCUUACAUGAGACAGCCAGAACCUUUGCAUACAAGAGAACGAUUCUCUAUUCGAGACUGGGAUCCUUCUGUUCGCAUUGUGAGACCCACGACUUUGUCGCAAAUGAGCAAGACGCUAGAACCUGAGGCUUUUGUUCCGAUACUGUUGAGAAACGACGAACUGCUUCCGUAUGGAAACCUGCUGGACUUGUCACCCAUCUCCAAAGAAACGCCCACAAACAUGAACUAUCCUCCAAUUUUCCAUGAGCAUGAAGACGCCAGACCCCUAGAUCCGGACGAUUACGAAGGUAUAUGUCUUGCAGCGUUACAGGACGAAUUUUCAAGAAUUAUUGAUGGACACCCUCCAAUUUUCGAGAGGCAGUUGGAACUCAAAGAAAAAAGCAGCCAGUUGAGCUGGCUCGAUUAUUCGCUAUAUUACAUUUUGGGGUAUGACAAAACUGGCUAUUUUUCUUUGCUACAAGAACUUAACGAGUUUCGCGAUAGACCGUGGGCAAGAUUCGUACAACCAACAGAAACGAUGGACUCGGAAGGCGACUCCAGCACUGAAGGUAUAAGCGAAGUAACCGAGGAGCAUUAA